UAUGGGAGGAGAAAUGAAGAAGAUGAUGAGAGGCUCAUCAGCUUGGAAACUAAGAAUGGUGGGCUUCUUGUCCUUUUCACUUCUCAUUAUUGCACAGAUCAAGCUCUCUCCUCCAUUGAUCUCCCUCUUCUCUUCUUCUUCUUCUUCUUCUUCUUCGGGCGAUCAUCUCAUUCUCAGAUUAUCACUUUCGCCUAAUCAUUCUGAAACUACUCCAACAAACCAGUCUUCCCCAGAGGCACGCGGUGAAAUGAAGCCGGACCCACUUCUAUGGCCGUCCUCACGCCCUCCGAUUGCCUCCCAAAUUAAAUGCGAUCGCACUGCGCACUGUUAUGAUUUCUGCAGCAUUAAUGGGCCCACCGUUUUGGACCCCACUACCUCUACUUUCUUUGUCAUGGGCUCUGAGAGAUCCAAUAGGCCCAAUAUCUUCGAGAAGAUCAAGCCCAGCCCAAGAAAAUUUGAUCAGUUCUUGAUGCCCAGAGUCAAGAAUAUCACUAUCAUCUCAGGUCCAAUAAGCCCACCAUGCCAGGUCCAACACAAUGUGCCAGCCUUGGUGUUCUCUAUCGCUGGGUACAUGAAAAACUUUUGGCAUGCUUUUAAUGAUGGAUUUGUCCCUUUGUUCAUCACCGUUAAUACAGUUUUUCCCAACGGUGAAGAUUUUGUGAUUGUGAUAACGGAGGGUCCUGAUUGGUGGGCCCCCAGGUACGCAGAUAUAUUGAAAGUAUUCACGAAGCAGCCAAUUAUUACCCUUAAAAAUGAGAACAUAACACAUUGUUUCCCUUCGGCUCAUGUAGGCCUCAUUUCACAUGGUUUCAUGGAAAUAAACCCAACUUUGAUACCAAACUCAAAAACAUACAUGCAUUUUCGUGAUGUCUUCUGUGAAGCCUUCGAAAGCCACCACCACAGCCAAACCUUGUCACUGAAGAGUUCGACUACCCGACCACGACUCUUGUUCGCGAGCCGAAAAGGUGCCAUCACACGAGCGAUGCUAAACAAAAGAGAAGCAAUACGGAUCAUGAAAAAAGUAGGUUUUGAUGUGGUUCUUUUUGAGCCUAACAAGAACACAUCGUUACGUGAGUCCUAUGCACUUGUUAGUUCAAGCCAUGCUAUGAUCGGCAUUCAUGGCGCUGCACUUACACACUCGGUGUUCCUCAAGCCCGGAUCAAUAUUGAUGCAAAUAGUUCCAAUCGGGCUUGAAUGGGUGGCACAGACAUUCUUUGGGAGGGUAGCAAAGGGGAUAAAGUUAGAGUACAUGGAGUACAAGAUCAAGCCGGAAGAGAGUAGCUUGGCCAAAAAAUAUGGGAAGGACAGUUUGAUGGUAAGAGAUCCCACUGCUUUACAAAAAGGUGGCUGGCCACCAGAGUUAAUGAACAUAUAUCUGUUGGACCAAAAUGUAACAUUAGAUUUGGAUAGGUUUAGGGAGUAUAUACAAGAAGGAUAUAAAAAGGCCAAGAUGUUCAUGCACAAAGAAGGAGAUGGUAUUUGAUCGCUAGUUUAAUUAAAAGUGUAUUUUUAUUUUAGUAUAUUAUUAUAGGAGAUAUUGUGCUUCUAAAUUCAGUGGUGACAUUAUGAGAUAGGUAUUUUUGUCAAUCACAUUAAACAUGGUACCAAAACAAGAAGAUGAUAUAUUUGUUGUAUUAUUUGA